AUGGUCUCUGCAACGAGCACAGCUCGCAACCAAAAUGGAGUCGCGCCCACUGCACAGUCCAGUGCCGAAGGAGGCAAGAAGACAAAGGCUCAGCCGACUGGGCAGAAGCUCCUAGUUCGACAUCUGCCCCCACUGAUCACUGAGGAGGAAGUCCAAGCUGUACUCGGCGAGGAGUGGAAGACUGGUAACGGCAAGGUCGAUUGGGCUCACUUUCAACCGGGAAAGAUCUCCAAGAGCGCUUUCAAGGAACCUAGGCCCUCGUUCUACUCAUUGCACAUCACCAAGGUCGAGGACGUUCCCGUCUUCAAGGAUUUCGUCUUGAAGGCAACAUGGCAAGACGCAAAGAACACAUACACGAUGUUGACCUUCCAGGCACAUGCCCAGGAUGUUGCUACCCGCGUCCCUCCGACCAAGCAUCGAGUCGAUCCGAGACAGGGAACAAUCGAUCAGGACCCCGAGUUUCAAGCAUACCUGCACGGCCUGACCCAGCCCAAGGAGGCCCAGUCCAAGGAAACCGAGACUGCCGAGCAACUUGCAUCUGCCAAUGACGAGUCAAGCCGAGAAAAACAGGUCUCCCAUCUCGUCAAGUUCAUACAGGAGAAGAAAGCCGCCAAAGCAAAGGAAACAGCUGCCGCUAAGAGCGCAAAGCACAACCGUCAAGAUUCGCAAGGUGGUAAGGCCAAAGGUGGUGACGACUCCAAGAGGAAGGGCAAGGACAGCAAAGCCGAUAAAUCCGACAAGGACAAGGACAAGGACAAGGCCAAAGAGCCCGCUCCCAAGCUCCUUACCAAAAAAGCGGCUGCUCAAGAAGCUGCCGCUGAAGCAGCCAAGCAAGCCGCUGGCCAGAUUUCCGCAACUAAAGCUUCCGAGGAGGCCGCCCCCAAGAGCAGACGUGCUAAUAUUGCACAAGCUGCCAAAAUUCUUCAGCGUGACCUGGGGCUCUCUCCAGGGAGUGCUCACAGACGCGCUCGACAAAAUGCGGCAAAGGCAGAAGCUGCCGCUCCCACAGAGCCUUCACCUAGCACCACCAAUGACAAGGAUACAGCUGAUACUGCCAAGGAGGCAGAAACAUCCAAGACAGUCCCUACAGGACCUAAAGCUCAGGGUGCCGAAGGCUCACGGAGAUCACGUGGGAAAGCGAAGGCAGCAGCUGCUGCUGCAGUCGUAAGCGAGACGACCAAGGGCAAGGCAACUGACGCCCCCGCUAAGCCUACGACUGGACCAAUUAUUCUGCUCAAGAAGGAUAAUACUAAGAAGGAAGAAUCUUCUGCAGCAGCUUCUUCCCGGGUGCCGUCCACAGCUUCAAAUGCACAGGCAGCUCCCACGCCACCAGCUAACCAAGCACCACCUACAGGCCCAAAGGCGACCGCAGGCAAAGCUGGUGGCACAAAGUCCAAUACAUCAACUCAACAGAAGAAGGGUGGUUCACAACCUGCCCCUGGCGCUAUCCGUGCAUUUGUGAAGCACGCAAAUCCUUCUCAGGGGGUCACAGAGCCUUUACUUAAGCAAACAAUGGAGACAUUCGGCCCCGUCACAUUUGUGGAAAUUGACAAGAGGAAAGGGUUUGCAUAUGUCGACUUUGGCGAUGCUGAAGCUCUCCGCAAGGCUAUUGCUGCCAGUCCCGUGUCCAUCGCCCAGGGCACUGUGCAGGUACUCGAGAGGAAAGACAAAAAGCCGGCCAGUUCGGCCCCGGCUCAACCGGCUCCAGCAGAAAAGCCAGCUGCAGAAACUCAAGUUCUUGCUGCAGCUUCUGCUGCCACCGAUCGACCUAAGAGAGGAAAUCGUGGUCGUGGCCGACGAGGCGGAGGUGCUAAUGCCAACACCGCUACCAGCACCGAUACUACGGCCGUCCAAGAUACAACGACGCCAACAGCCCCCGCGGCAGGAUAG